AUGGCUUACGUCAAGCUAAGCUACGAAGAGCCAUACUCGUACCCGCGCAGCCGAGUCCCGCUAUCAAGCGCUCCACCGAUCAACUUAGCGAUCGACGAUGUCAGACAGCUCCAGGAUGACCAUGCCAUGAUCGAGAGCAGUUUGGCCAAGCUGCGCGAAGAGUUGGACGGUUCAAGCGCCUCUGCCGAUGUUCUGGAGAUACUCGAGCGUAUGCGAGUUGCCUCUGCCCGCACAACAGAGCACAGUCAAGGGAUGUGGGAACUCGUGCCAAUUACCCAGCGGGCUACCACUAGAACUGCAAUUGUGGCGGAGAAAGUCUUCGACACACCUGAACUGCUGGAGGAGAUUCUCACCUACUUGAAGCUGAAUGAAGUUGUAACUGCGAUGAGGGUGAAGAAGGCUUGGUGUAAUACUGUGAAAGGCUCAGUGAAGCUGAAGCGUUGGCUGGGGCUUACUACACCUGUCGGUGGCUUUUUCCAUUGCGCGUUCCUCAAGCCAGGAUGCGAUGAGAGCCCUCACCGUGCUUGGUAUACACUUCCAAACCGACAGUUGUACGUCUGGCUUCCAAAAUUCAUGAUCUUUCAGAAGGCAGGUCUGUGGUCCGAUUCCCGAUGCUGGCAUCCGGAGUUUAUAUCAACAACACGCCUUCAAGAGUACAAAGAACAUAUCAACACUCUUGAGAUCCGAAUUAUCAGCAAGCCUAGUGUCGGCCGGGAACCCGGUGUCCGUGUCGCAAACACUCCGAUCUGCUAUCCAAGUGUCCACCAGCUCACGUACGAAAUUUUCUGUGGGUGCGGUUCUCGAUGCGAGAGCACAGGCGAGCUCAUGCUAUCAUCCAACAACGCAAAAGGCCUCACAGUCGGCGAUGUGACUCGCCACACCAACGAGAUCUUGAGGGAAACCGGUCAUGUCACGCGGGCAUGCAUUUUCGUCCAGAUAUACUACACCGCUCGUGUCGAACUGCUCGACAACGAUCCGAUUACUCUACAGAGGCGAAAGGCGAUUGAGGCAUAUGAGCAAGGCCCAGACAUCGGCUCGGGAGACCCGCUUUGCUUUCUUCGAUAUGGUUCAGAUUCUACGACUGCUUCGUCAUCAACGAUCAGCUCCGGGGACGAUCUAGAUAUGGAAGAUGUCGACCAGGGAAGCGUUUCGGGCGAUGAGGAUAGCUGGCAACGUGCAAGUGAGAAGGAGUGGGAGAACGCAAAUUGUUAUUUUCGCGCCAAGGCCUUUCCCUACGACGACUCUGAUUCUGAUGACUGGUGGUAA